AUGGGUUCCUCCGAUAAUUCGUCGACGACGAAUGCGCCAACGACCCCUUCCCUCCCGGCGGACUUCUCGACAACGCCGCACGUUGUCGACUUGAGCGCGGUGCCGAUUUUCAACGGGGAGCAUUUCUCCUCGUGGCGUUUCAAUGUCAAGGUGUAUAUGAUGGAGCGCGACUUGUGGGGCUUCUUCGAUGGGUCGGCAUCGAAGCCCACGUCGGACGCUUCAACCUCGGAGAAGGAAGCGUGGGUGCGUAAGGACAAAAAGGCGUUUGCCUUUCUUGUCUCUCAGCUAAGCCUCCAACUCGUCCCGAUCGUGAGUCCGUGCAUCGACCGUGACGGCGCGACUCGUGAAGCGUGGAAGCGACUCGAAGGAGAGCACGUCUCCAAGUCGCUUCAUAGCAAGCUUCAAGCGCGCCUCGACUUCUUCACGGUGCGGAUGAGGGACGGCGAGUCAAUGCGCGUGUAUGUCAACCGCGUGGAGGAGCUUGGCGAGCGUUUGGUGGAACUCGACGCGAGCGUGGAGGACAACGAUUGGAUCAUGACGCUCCUCGCGGGCCUCGGCGAAGCAUGGUCAACGGUCAUUACGAUGUUGGAUGGGACGCAAGACACGUGGAAGAAGGAGCAAGUGGUGGCACGCCUCAUCAACGAAGAGGCGAGGCGCACGAAAUUGCAUGGCGAUGCAAUUGGCGCGGCACACUUCUCCCGCGAUGCAAAGGCGAAAGGGACGGCUCGGACGCGCGACGGCGCUUGUCGGUUUUGCAAGAAGACCGGACAUUGGUGGCGCGAAUGUCCCGUCAAGCCGGCGAAUUGGAAGCCGUCUUCAAGUGACGACAACCGGCGCGCGCAUGUGGCGACAUGCGAUAACAACGACCGGGACUUCGUCUUCGUCGCAAGUGGAACGACCGUCGGUGGUGUGGACGCGUGGAUACUCGACACGGGUGCUACUCAACACAUGACGGCGUGUGCGACGCUUCUCAACAACGUGACAACGGAGGCUCCCGUUAAGCGCGUGAUGUUCGGCAACCGUGACACGUUGGACGUCACGGGACAAGGCGACUUGCGGCUCAUGGUGGACGGCGGUCCACUCACCAUCAAGAACGUCUUGGUGGUUCCCGGGCUCGGCGCCAACCUCCUCUCCGUUUCUCAACUCACACGCAAGGGGAUGCGUGUGAAUAUCGAAGGGACCAUGAUGGCGUUGAGCGCGGCGGAUGGCGUACACAUCGGCACGGCACGCCAAACGGGAGGACUCUUCAUGCUUGACGCUCUCCCUAGCGUGGCAUCGGCACAAGCGGCUACCUCGGCAACCUCACUCUCAACAUGGCAUAAUCGGCUUGGCCACCUCCACCAUGCGGCUAUUCAAGCUAUGCAUUGGUGGGGAGAGGCGGUUACGUUGGCAACUUGGAUUCGCAACCGGUGCGUGACCAAGGCGUUGCCCAACAAGACGCCUCUUGAGGCUUGGAGCGGUACGAAGCCGGACGUCACCGACCUUCGCACGUUUGGGUGUACGUGCUACUACCAUGUCCCGGAUGCUACACGGACCAAGCUUGAGGCGAAGGCGCGGGUGGCGAUGUACUUGGGUCCAAGCGCGGAUCACAAGGGGUGGCGCGUGUGGGACUUGGAGCACGGGAAACUCGUGGUGUCGCGCGACGUGGUGUUCUACGAAGACACCUUCCCCUCCAAGUCUACGACUGUGCCCUCGGUCAUCAUUGUCCCUCCACCCUUGGAUGCCGCGGAUGAGGCGGAUGACGCUCCUACGGCUCCUCCUCCUAGUGCGAGUGAGGGGGAGAAUGGAGCGGGUGCGGUUGGAGUGAGUGAGGAUGAAGGAAAUGCCAAGGAACGUGACCCUUCGUCUCCUCCUCCUCGUAUCACUCCCACCCUCGCAUCCACUCGCACUCGAAGGAACCCUCAUCCCAACUCCAAGUUCGAUGACUACUCUCUCGUGGCGGGGGACGAUGUGGGAGGGGGAGACGCUAUGUGUCUUGAGGCGUACACCGACACCCCGUCCACCUACCACGGCGCCAUGAGCUCGGCGGAAGCGGCGGAAUGGGAGCGCGCGCUUCAAGAGGAUACCCAUUCCUGCCUCCCCGUUUCCCCUUCCCGCCUCUCCAUUUUCCCUUCCCGCUCCCCAUUACCCCUUCACGCCUUCCCGUUUCCCCUUCUUGCUACCCCAAUUUCCGUUCCUGCCUCCCCGUUUCCCCUUCCCGCUCUCAAUUUCCCCUUCCCGCCUCCCCGUUUCCCCGUCCUGUUCCCGUUUCCCCGUCCCGCUCCCUGUUUCCCCUUCCUGCAUCCCCGUUUCCCCUUCCCGCUCCCCUUUUCCCCUUCUUGCUCCCCGUUUCCCCUUCCCACCUUCCGGUUUCCCCUUCCUGCUCUCCAUUACUCAUCCCCGCCUCCCCAUUCAUGUUCAAGCCUCCUCUUUUCCCCUCCCUGCUCCCUGUUUCACCUUCCCGCCUCCCCGACUUUCCUUCUCGCUCCCCACUUCCCCUUCCCGCCUCCCGCUCCCCGUUUCACCUUCCCACCUUCCCGUUUCACCGUCUCAUUUCCCCCCAUUCUCACUCUCUUUUCCCCUCAUGCUCCCCAUCAUUUCCCCCCUUUCUCCCUCUCGUUUCCCUCCCAUUCACCUGUUCAUUUCCCCCCCUUCUCCCUCUCAUUGCCCCGCGUGCUCCCUCUCAUUUCCCCCCUUUCUGCCUCUCAUUCUCCCCCCCCCUGCUCCCUCUCAUCUCCCCCCCUUCUCCUUUCCGUUUCCCCCCCUUCUUCCUCUCGUUUUCCCCCGUUCUUCCUCUCAUUUCCCCCACUUAUCCUGCUUAUUGCCCCACUUUCCCCUUCUCAAUUCCAUCCUUUCUCCCCCUCAUUCCCCCCAUGCUCCCCCUCAUUCCCCCCUUAUUCUCCCUCUCAUUUCCCUCCCUACUCACUGUCAUGCCCCCCUUACUCCAGUUCAUUUCCCCCCUUCUCCCGCUCAUUUCGUCGCCUAUCGAGAGGCCGCGCCUCCCGAAAUGCAGCGUCGCCCAGCCGCACAGGUUCCACGCAAUGCAUUACCCUUUCCCUCCCUGCAUUACCCUUCCCCUCCCUGCAUUACCCUUCCCCUCCUUGCAUUACACUUCCCCUCCUUGCAUUACCCUUCCCCUCCCUGCAUUACCCUUCCCCUCCUUGCAUUACCCUUCCCCUCCCUGCAUUACCCUUCCCCUCCCUGCAUUACCCUUCCCCUCCCUCCUUCCCCUCCCUGCAUUACCCUUCCCCUCCUUGCAUUACCCUUCCCCUCCCUGCAUUACCCUUCCCAUCCCUGCAUUACCCUUCCCCUCCCAGCAUUACCCUUCCCCUGCACUAG